ACGCAGGCGCGCGCGCGGCAGGCCCCCUGGGCCGCCUCUCGCGAGAGUAGGAGUUUUGGCGAGAGUUUGUGGAAGAUGGCGCCUGUUGUGACAGGGAAAUUCGGUGAGCGACCUCCACCUAAGCGGCUCACCAGGGAAGCUAUGAGGAAUUAUUUAAAGGAGCGCGGCGAUCAAACAGUUUUAAUACUUCAUGCAAAAGUGGCUCAGAAAUCCUACGGAAAUGAAAAAAGAUUUUUUUGUCCUCCUCCGUGUGUCUACCUUAUGGGUAGUGGAUGGAAGAAAAAAAAAGAACAAAUGGAGCGAGAUGGCUGUUCUGAGCAAGACUCUCAACCAUGCGCCUUUAUUGGGAUUGGAAAUAGCGACCAAGAGAUGCAGCAGUUAAACUUGGAAGGAAAGAACUAUUGCACAGCUAAAACUUUGUACAUAUCAGAUUCUGACAAGCGAAAGCACUUCAUGUUAUCCGUAAAAAUGUUCUAUGGCAAUAGUGACGAUAUUGGUGUUUUCCUUAGUAAACGGAUCAAAGUCAUCUCCAAGCCUUCGAAAAAGAAACAAUCGCUGAAAAAUGCAGACUUAUGCAUUGCAUCAGGGACAAAAGUAGCAUUGUUUAAUAGACUUCGGUCCCAAACAGUUAGCACCAGAUAUUUGCACGUAGAAGGAGGGAACUUCCAUGCCAGCUCACAACAAUGGGGAGCAUUUUACAUUCAUCUCUUGGACGAUGAUGAAUCCGAAGGAGAGGAGUUCACAGUCCGAGAUGGCUAUAUCCAUUAUGGCCAGACGGUCAAACUCGUUUGUUCAGUUACUGGCAUGGCGCUCCCAAGAUUGAUAAUACGGAAAGUGGACAAACAAACCGCUUUGUUAGAUGCAGAUGAUCCAGUAUCCCAGCUCCAUAAAUGUGCGUUCUACCUUAAAGAUACUGAACGAAUGUACUUGUGCCUUUCCCAAGAGCGAAUUAUCCAAUUUCAAGCCACUCCAUGCCCCAAAGAACCAAAUAAAGAGAUGAUUAAUGAUGGAGCUUCAUGGACAAUCAUUAGCACAGAUAAAGCAGAAUAUACAUUUUAUGAGGGCAUGGGUCCCGUCCAUGCUCCUGUAACACCUGUGCCUGUUGUAGAAAGUCUUCAGCUCAAUGGUGGCGGAGAUGUAGCAAUGCUGGAACUAACCGGGCAGAACUUCACUCCAAAUUUGCGUGUCUGGUUUGGGGAUGUGGAAGCUGAAACGAUGUACAGAUGUGCCGAAAGCAUGUUGUGUGUCGUCCCGGAUAUCUCUGCCUUCCGGGAAGGAUGGCGAUGGGUGCGUCAGCCCGUCCAGGUUCCGGUCACGUUAGUGCGCAACGAUGGCAUCAUUUACUCCACCAGCCUUACCUUCACCUACACCCCAGAGCCCGGCCCCCGACCGCACUGCAGUGCCGCUGGGGCCAUCCUCCGAGCCAACUCAAGCCUCCUGGCCUCCAGCGAAUCGAACACAAACAGUGAGGGAAGUUACACAACCGUCAGCACAAACCCCAGCAGCGUCACAUCAUCAACGGCCACCGUGGUUUCCUAACCACCGCUCUUUGGGCGGAACUUCUUUUUAAAAAAAAACAAAAAAAACUUUUUUUAAGUGCUUCAAACAAUGAAACCGAACAACUUUUUGUGGUUUCCCGAGGGGAAGGCGAAAGAAAAGAAAAGAAAAGGAAAAAAAAUAAUAAAACCCCCUCCGUACGCCGCCGUAUGAACUUUUAUCACCUACAAGUGCUGAUCUCAAUUCGAAGCCACAAUAAAAAUGAAAUGCAUUUUGGGGGGCCAGCACCCCCUUUUAUGGGAAAAAUAUAUAUAUAUCUAUUUUUAAUUGUCUCUUUAAAAAUGGACACGUAACUACAGUUCAACGAAAGUGGCUGAGAUUCAAAUUGAACUAGUAAACAUGGACAAAACAUGGUUUUUAUGGACCAAGGAACACUUUAGUAGAGAAAAAGGUACAUUUUCACCAUGCCUUUUGUAUCACAACAUAUAGUACGCUUUUGUUACCAAAUAGUUUAUAUAUUAUUAUUAUUAUUAUUUUUUCCUCCUCUUGAGCAUUUGCUCUGAAGUAUAUUCAGGUUCCAAGCCUGACCAUGCUUGUAUAAUCUAAUUAUCAUAUUCUUCCAUAUAUUUGCGCGGUCUGUGGCUGGAACCGUUGCAUUUUUUUAAACUGAAGUCUUGUGACUUUUUAAUGAACUGAAUUCUGAAUUUUUUUUUCCUCCAGCAAGUAGAACCUUGUAAAGGCCAGCAUAUUUUUUUUAAGAGUUAUAUGAAGUUUGUGCGAAAAGCUUUAAAAAAAUUGCCUCUGCCUUGCCUGCAAUACAUACAUGCAACGUAUGUUGACUAGAGCUCCUGUCGUUCCCCAUCGUUGUGCAUCGUUUUUAUUUUGUGUUUCUCUCUUUUUUUUUUAAAAAAAAAAAUGUAUUUAUAAUGUUGAUUCCUGAGGUUUUUAACAUUAGAAAUGUGGCCUCUUGUGCAGUUAUUCGAACUGCCCUUGUGUUUAAUGUACGUGAGUGUUUUUAAAAAGGAUCUGUCCUUCCCUUUUAACCAUCAAUACAUGCCUCAGAAAAAAAAAAAUAUUUUCAGGAUUUUUGUCAGGGUGGCUUUGUUUUUGUUAUUUUUUUUCUUCUUUUUGGCUACCCCUGUACAUAAUUUGCUAUUAAUUGUAAGUUAAGUGUGUGUGUAUGUGUGUGUGUGCAUAAUUUGAUUU